AUGUACAUCAAUAAGAAACCAUUUGUUUGUAAGACCUGUGAUCAAGCCUUUUCUGUCAAAGCCUUUUCUAACCAGAAUGCACUCACUAGACAUGAAAGAAUGCACACCGGUGAAAAACCAUUUAUUUGUGGGACCUGCGACCUGUGGUGUAGCAUUUCUGUCAAAGGUAAUCUACGUGUACAUGAAAGGCUACAUACUGGAGAAAAACCAUUUGUCUGUGAAAUCUGUGGUAAAGCCUUUUCUAGCCAGAGUGAACUCACUAUACAUGAAAGAAUGCACACCGGUGAAAAACCAUUUGUUUGUGAGACCUGUGGUCAAGCCUUUUCUAACACAGGUAGUCGAAACAGUCAUGCAAAACAAUGCACAUCGGUAAACCAUUUGUUUGUGUGACCUGUGGUAAAGACUUCUCCAACCAA